GGCCGGCUGUUGCAGUGAUGUAUAUUUUAUUUGAAGUUCAUUAUUUUCUCCACAGCAUUGCGAUUACAAUAUUGACAAUGUUGCAAACAAAGAAGCAUCCGCUUGAAGAGAGCGUUUACUACAGCAUUUGCUCAACAACAGACUUGGAUCUACAAAUACACAUGAAUAAUGCACGUUAUCUACGAGAAUGCGACUUUGCACGGUUCAAGUUUUGGUGUCAGUGUGGCAUGCCAAGGGCUUCCAGAGAACAAAAUGCAAAAAUAUUAUUAGGAGGAGCCACAAUUAGAUACAGGAGACCACUUCAGCUCUUUGAUACCUUCAGGAUAAAAUCCAAGAUUUUAUGGUGGGAUGAAAAAGCUUUUAUAUUGGAGCAGAAAAUUGAGAGGACACAAGAUGACUUUGUUUGUGCCAUAAUGCUAGCGAAGCAAUCGGUGGUAAACUCAACACCAGAAAAGUUACUAAGAGAGAUAGUGGGGGAGGAGAUUCAGAGGCCAGAAUGUCCACCAGAUGUACAGAAAUGGAUAGAAUGUAAUGAAAUUUCUAGUAGAAAUUUACGGAAAAUAGAUUGAAAUGUUGAUUAGGUUAUGUGGUGGCUGAUGUGGAGCAAAAAUAUAUAGGGUAUCAGGACAAUUCCCCCCCAGACGA